UACAGGAACAAUGUCUUCAAAACUAUCUUUCGAAAGAGUUGAAGUCAUAGGUAAGGGAAAUAUAGAGGCAGGCUGGGGGUUCCAGAAUUUACCAUAAAAAGGGAUAAAAAACUGAGAAUAUUUAUCUCUUGGAUUAUGGAGACGGAUAUUUUCAGAUUUGGUUAACAAUGAAACAGUGAUGGGGCGUUCACCACCAGAUUGAAACUACUACACACCAGACAGGAUUUGCAACAACUCAGCAUCCUUAAUUUUUUUUUUUUUAAACGUAUUAAGGAUAACUUAUUCAUCCCCGUGCCCUUCGGUUGCCAAGGAGUGUCAUAGGUACAAAAUAGCAUCCAUAUAAGAAUCAGAACGUAUCAAUUCACCAUAAAUAUUACAUUAUUCUGCAUUUAUAUAUUUUUUUCUGCAAAGCCAUCUCUUAUAUCUUCCAGUUUUUAUACUUUUUAUCUUUUUAUUACCAUAAUCUUUCUUGUCUUAUGUUACAACACAUACAUUUUCAUCUCCACAGGUACCUUCUUCAUGCCUCAACCUAGAUAAAUAGUCAACGAUAUAAUUUAUAAGCGUCUGAACCGUGGCGCGGUGGCUGGCGCGCCUGGCUACAAAAUAUCUCCGGCCAGCGAUUAGACUGGACUUAGUCAGUAGGCGUUCAGUUCUUCAAGUUUAUCCUUGCUUCUGUUUGGCCUAUAAAUGGGUGAUAAGGGAAACCUAGGUAUUUUAAAUCAUGGAAGCCAGGAUUACUAAGAAGAGCCUGUGUCUUAUGAUUAAGGAUAUCGUCAUUAACAACCUCAUAGGCCAGUGAGACAGAGAUGAGAGCUGAAGCAGCGCACGUCUUUAGGGCGUGGCUCAACGUUAUUUUUAACAUAACAUUAUUUGCUUGUUAGGAUUUGGACCAGCAUCCCCACCAUCAUCACUAUCAUCGUCAUCAUCUUCGUUACUAAUGUUAUAUUCUACAAAUUAAAGAAUUCUCGUCGUGGAAAACAUGGAUAUGUUCUACGACAACUUCAGGCUGUCUACAUCUGAGGUGUUGAAAACAAUAGCUGCCAGGAUGGAGAUUGUUCCGAACUAUAUGAAUGGAAUGACACGUCUGCUUACGGAGAACGCAGCUUACCUCUAUGAACGAUUAUUCAUGGAAGUGAAGGUUGCUCACGAUUUUACGGACAGUGAACAAGUAACACCUCUCUACGUUACUCAAGACAGUCUUUUAGCGGAUUUUUCAGCAUUUCUGUUGAUUCGAGAUGCUCCAUUCAAGCCAAACUUUGACUAUUGUUUAAUCACGUUUCACGGGGCUGGAUUGAUAGGGAAGUGGGGAUCGGACGUGAUGGAUGAAAUUCGCAGUGAAAGCAGGAAGAAACAGAGAAAAGAAAAGUCUGUUGAAGUAAAUAAGAUAGAAGGAAAAGUCAAGCCUCUCACUUUCGUGCAUUUGCAGGGGCCGCUCCUUCUUUACCUGGUAUUUAUCAUCGUCUCCUUUGCUGCCUUCCUCAGUGAGACGUCUAUUGGCGUCUGUUUACACCAACUGACAAAAAAAGUGUAAUAUCCCUUUACCUUUAUCGCGGCUCUUCAACAUCCACCCUCGGAACGCCUCUGACAUCAUAAAAACGUAAGAAAAUAAAGGAAGCUACAAGAUACCUUUAGGCUUACACAUGGCAGUCCCUGUAUAAAACACACUUACCGAUUCCCACCUAUCAUUCUCAUCCAUAAGUUUGUCUAAUUUUUUGAAGCUCCCUAAUGUCUCAGCAUUAACAACCUGAUUAUUGAGUUGAUCCUAUUUAUCUACUACUCUAUUUGAAAACCAGUUACUUCCUAUCUCGCUUUUAAAUCUAUGGCUUUUAAAUCUAUGUCCAACUUGAAACCAUUAUUUCUUGUCCUAUCACGAUUUCUUAUCACGA